CACCUGUUCCGCGGGUACGAAAAUAAAAAAUACUAACCGAAAGAAAAGACUCCCAAGAAAAGGCAGCGGAAGAGGGGACGGCCUAGAGUCCGAUCUGCGGUCUCGUCAAACCCCGGUUUCUGUUUGUCCGACAAACGUCACGGCUCUUGGCUUUGAAGUAGUGCAUGGUCCUGCUUCUUGUAGGGAUAUUAGCUGUUUACCAUUAGCGCAAGAACUUCCUUGGAUUUUGAUUGAUAUCUUUCCAAGGCAUGAGUUACUUCGCACCGCGAUAAUCUCCUUAGGGCAACACUGAUUUGGACAGUAUAUUUUGAUCCUUCCUAGAUGAUCUUUAAUCUUUUUUUAUUAAGCUCUGUCGUUGCAGAAUAAACACCUCCCUUAAUGUUUAUUUGGGUAAAUACUGUAAAGUAAUAAAGUUCCUUCUUCUUUACCAUUAAAAAAGGUUUUAAUGCUUAAGUCAGUAUAUCAAUCAGGCUAUGUUUUGGAAGAUAAAUGUUUUUUCUUUAACCUGCGUAAAUAUCUAUCUUGAGUCACUGAGUAGUUAUGGCUUUAAACAAUUCUAACGAUAAAGUGGAUUCAACACAGUUGAUUUCAAGAUGACAAGUAAGAAAAGUAACAGAUCUACAGUCACAUCAUGCACUGCUCUGCAUAUGGAAUGGGACAGGAUUUCUUGCCCUAUUUGUAUGGAGCAACCACACAAUGCUGUUUUACUUAUAUGCAGUUCGUACAAGAAUGGCUGCAGAUGUUAUAUUUGUAACACAAGCCAUCGACACUCUAACUGCCUAGACCGGUUCAGAGAAAUGAAUGGAGAUAGUAAGGUCUGUGAUUCACACUCAACCUCUUUGGUGCUUUCAAACUCCAAUAACAGAACAGUCCAACCAAGAGCUCACUAUAGUACGAUUUCCAGACAUUUGCUGAGCCCAAGCCUCAGAAGGCACAUUGAUAAUGCUAAUAACCAAGAAUCUGUAAAUUCAACAUUAUCUGUAGGAGAGAGGAGCAUUAUUAUGGAAGAAUGCCAUGAUGCCAUGCAAAUUUCAGCUGACCUGAAGUGUCCUCUCUGUAGAGGAUCAGUAUCUGGCUGGAUUCCUGCUGGAGAAGCCAGAAAGUAUCUAGAUGAGAAGUUGAGGACAUGCUCCCAUGAUUCCUGCAAAUUUGUUGGAACCUAUGAGCAGCUGCGUGAACAUGCUAGGACAGCUCACUUGCUUGUGAAACCUGCUCAUGUAGAUAUCUCAAGGAAAAGAUCUUGGGAUCGCCUUGAGCGUGAGCAGGAGUUUGGUGAUGUGAUAAGCGCAAUAAGGUCACAGAAUCCUGAUGCAAUAAUAGUUGGUGACUAUGUUAUUGAGACUAGAGAUACCAUGUCCCCUGAUCAAGAUUCUGGGGAAGAAAGUGGUGAUGAGUGGUGGUCUCCUGUUGGAGACCCAAUAGAAUCACCAGAUAACCGACAUGGUGCCCCUAGGCGGUGGCUGGAUGGAAGGCUAGGAUCACCUAGCAAUUGGCCAGAUGAAAGGCGUGCUUUUGCCAGGUUUCUGCCGCAGCCAAGGCUUCCUUUCAGCAAUAGGCGCAGCUCACCUGCAGAUUGGCACGGGAUGAGACGGCCAAGCACACGAAGUUUGCUGCGCGAGGGCUUCACGAAUCGGCAAUCCAGGAACAGCACCAGUCACCGCAGAUAUCGCCGCAUCUUUGAUCGUCACUAUACUGGUCACGGUCGUGCAGGUAUUGGCAGGAGGCAGGAUGGUUCAACAUUUGGGCCGGGCGGACGGCAGCGGCUGAGAUACACGCAAAGAAAUCAGCAUGAUCCAUGAUCGACUGAAUCAAGACUACCUGCCCAGUAUUAAGUUCAUUACCAAGCAUCCAAGCAAUCCUUGUA